AGAAGUCACAAAAAUCCCCCGCGCCAGGCUAGUUCCGCUUUUGCUCCAGCACAGCAUUGAUAAGAGCAGAACCGAACGCUUUCAGUCGUGCUUGGGGCUUCUGAAGCAUGGCGGCGCAGAGGAACCUCUCCGUCGAAUCCCUCGGUCAGAGCCAGUCUAUCCCACCGUCUGUACCUCUGGUCCUGCCCAAUAACCUGGAGUAUGACCUCGGCACGCACACCGUUCGGCGCAAGCCGGGGGUGGAGCGGUCGUCCCUGACGGUGGUGGCGGAGGCUAUGUCGCUGCUGGCGAGUAUUGACGACCCGGUAGCGGUGGUGGCAGUGACGGGACCCUGCCGCACGGGCAAGUCUUACAUGCUGUCCCGCAUGCUGGGGUCCUCCGACGCCUUCCAGCUGGGACACUCUAUGGAGCCAGAGACUUUCGGGAUAUGGAUGAGCACUAAGGUGUUGACACGUGACGGGUUGACAGUGGUGUUGUUGGACACGGAGGGUAUCGACGCCGUUGACGCCGAGGCCCGAAACGACGCCUCACUUCUGGUCCUGACCAUCCUGACCUGCUCCCUGCUUGUGUUCAACACCACGUCUGUACCAAAACAGGGCCAGUUGGAAAAGCUACAAUGCUUUGCCGAGUUAGCAGAGGCGGUCCGUAUUUGGAAAAGCGGCGAGAUGGACCAUGAGGAGUUCAGCCGUCAUUUUCCCGAUCUCCUCUGGUUACUGCGGGACUCCACUCUCAUACCGACAGACGAGGACGGCAACCCCAUAGAUGCUCGGAGCUACUUGACUAAGAGGAUCCUGAAAGAGAGCGGUCGAUUCAGACCGACACCCAGCGACAUGGUCAGCCGGGCCAUCACCAGUUUCUUCCCCAGCCUGGACUGCCGGACGCUCCCACCUCCGUCCAGCGACACGACCGUCAUGCAGAACAUCGAGACCAGCCAUGACAAACUGGACCCUGAGUUCAACCAAGCCAUGGAGGACCUGGUGAAGGACAUAUUGUCCUCUAUCAAACCCAAGCAAGGCUUCGGACAAGGAAAGACAGUUACAGGCCGUCAGCUGGCAGGCCUUGUGCAACAGUUCGUCGCUGCCCUGAACGACCCUAGGGCCCUGCCAACCCUACAGACCGCCUGGGACGCCGCCCUGAUGACGCUGGUGGAGGACACCGUGCGGGAGCUGCAGGAGCGCUAUGUACAGGAGAUGCGGCAGGGAAUCCAACAGGCUGGCGGCAUGCCGCUGGAGGAGGAUCCCAACAGCAGCGUGCCAUCUAUGAUGUCCCUGCACCAGGCUGUGUUUGAAGGGCUCCUGGACACCCUGAAGGGUCGGCUCCACAGUUUUUGUGAGGCGGCCGAGAUGACACAGGCCGUAGUGGAUUUGACAGCUCGCGUCAAUGGGACCCAAGAUGACAGCGGCUGUGGGAUCUUGUCCAGCCUUCUGAGUGAAAACCGCAGCAGCUCGGAGAGUUUCUGUAAUCAGCUGAUACAGAACCUUUACCAGCCCAUCAGCGAGAAGCUAGCCUCUCCGCCGGACAACUACGAUAUCAAGGCUCUUGAAGCUGACCUGGCGCAGCUGAAAGCGACAUACGACGAGGAAGCUAGAGGGCCAUGCAAGCACAAGGUUUACCUGCAGUUCGCAGAAUUCCUGGAGGGACAGAAGACGACAUUUUCCACCAUCAAGGGUUACCAAGAGGAGGAUUACAAGCUACAGGAGGAGACACGGCGGCGGGAGGCUGAGGUGGCCAACCUGCAGGAGGAGAGGCUGCAGGUGGAACGCCAGAUGGCGCUGUCCAUGAAAGAGCAGCAGGACCAAGUGGAGAUGUUGAUGGCGGAGUUUGGACGGGAAGUGCAGAAUCUGAAAGAGGAAGAAAAAGAGCGCCGAGACGCCAUGUUGCGGAACCUCCAGGUGCAGAUGGAGGAGAAGGCCCAGCAGAACGUGGCGAUGCUGGAGGACCUGUCCCGCCGCCAGGAGGGCAUGGUGCAGCAGCAGAUGGAGGCCAUGCAGCAGCAGCAGCGCCAGCAGAUGGACGGGAUGAUGGAGAUGGCCAAGGCCAUACAGGAACGGAACGACAAGCUCGCACGAGAUAUGCAAGAACAGGCACAGAAGGCAAAGUCUCCGGGGUUCUUGGACAACAUAUUGGGUUCCGUCGUUGACAUCGUGAAGCAGGGGGCUAGUCUGUUCCUCAUGUCCAAGUUUCCUCUUGCGGGCGCUGCCGCAGCCGUGGGUGCGGGGGCAGCCCAGGCAGUCACAAGUCGCACCGCAAAAGCACCAAGCACUAAAUAGUGAAAUGUUGAAAUAUUCUAUACUUUUAAGUUUUACCUUUGUAGAAAAACGUGGUAAUUAUAUAGUAUUACCUGCUUUAUCGCAUAGUGUAUUGCUUAGCGUGGUAUGAAAUCCGAAACAUGGUCUGACUUACUGCUUCAGUUCUCCAAGUCCAACCUGUUGUCGUGUUUAUGAUGAAUCUGUGCCGCGAGGUAGAUACGGGGUAUUUGUUCCAAUAUUUCCUGGAAGUAGGUUUACAACAUGUAAAGUAAAGUAGCACAGUACUCGGAAGUGAAAUCAGCCAUGUGUAUGUGUGAAUUUGCAUUGUUAUGAAUUUACUGCUAUUAAAGUACACCUCAACAAAUGAUCCUGCUCAAGAUGGUGCUCGUGUUUACCAAAACCAUGUACCCGGUAAGACAGAAACGGCGCACGAGACUUUUUCUCAUGAUCAGCUGGCACAAGCUUGAAAGGGAGUGGUAGGUUUACACGAGAUCAUUGGCGAAGGCUAUAGGGACAGCCUGAUUGAAUCGUGGUCGGCCCGUCUUCGACGACCGCCGCCCCCUGUGGUAAGAGGCCGGCUAUGGUCGUAGACACAGCAUUUAUCCAAGAGAUAAACGUCAGUUUUUUAAACUUUUUUGUCGAAUUAAGAUGUUUAGUUUGUGUCAUGAUGUAACGUCGUAAUGUUGAUUCAGUAGUUCUUGCUGUUGAUUAGACACAUACGAAACUUUUAUAAUUAUUAUUUCCUCCGUUGUUAUUACUGUCAUUUUUAUGCCAUGUUAUGUUGACUUAGAUUAUUUUGUUGUCAACCUGAAUUAUAUGUUACCAUUCUAA